AUGCUUUGGGUUCUUCUGAUUCUUCCUUUCUUUCAUGCUGUGUCACACUUGGAAAUUGUACAUUAUGUGUUCCCCUGUGGGAUCUCCCUCAUAAGUGAUCAGCUUCUGAACACUCAACCUGUGUGCAGACCGGGCUUUCAGUUCACUGCGCGUUUCCACGAUUUCUGUAAGGAAGGCUGCAAAGAUGUCCAUGGAGACCCAGAGCACGGGCAGAAGGGGAAGGCGCGGAGGGCCCUUCGAGUUUUGCGCGAAAUCUAUUUACGCAGUCCAGGAGCGGAGGGCGGGGACGAGCCUCCGCCGCGUCCGCGCCGCUUCCGCUUUAAGGGGAGGUGCCCGAGCGGGCGCGCCGGGCGCUCCCGGAAGACGCGGGCGGCGUGUCCUCUGCGCCGGGUCCUCGGCCCUCCGCACGCGGUCCCGGGCUCUCGGCGGCGGGUUCCUCGGCCCCGGGAUCCCCUGUCCCCCGCACGCCCUUUCCGCUCUGGGCUCCCGGACCCCGGCCGCCUGACUCCCGCUCUCCUCGCCCCUCUCCCCCUUUUUCUCCAACCCGAUCGCCGGCCCUCCGCACACCCUUCCCGCUGUCGGCGUCCGGAUCCUCGGGCCCUCAACGUUGGGUCUCUGCACCCGCCCCCCCCCCCCCCCCCCGCCACCUCCCGGCCCCAGCCUCCGUCCCACCCUGGUACCCGGGGCCUGGGUCUUCGGCGGUCCGCACCGCCCACCGUCCCGGCUCUCAAUCCCUUGACCCGGGUGUACCUUCCUGCCCCCCCCCCACCCCUCCCUCCUGGCUCUCAGCACCCGCGCUCUGCGCCACGACCCUCACCCCCACCUCCACGCAGCCCCUCCUCGCUGUGGCCCUCCGCGGGUGCCCGGCCAGCGACCUGGAGUGGGGUGGCUCCGCCUGCGCGGCCACCUCGCCGCAGGUCGCGUCCCCGCUCUGGGCCUGGCCUGGCGUCUGGCUCGGCCCCUCCGGCCCUCGCAGUCGGUGCAGUUCUGAAAGCCCCCGAAGGCGCAGGCGGCCUCGGACCUUAGGUCUAGGCGAGCAUCUCCAGCCUCUGGCUCUAUCUGCUUCUGAAAGCCACGGAGACCUCGGGCCCAACAUACAUCAAACUGGGCCAGUGGGCCAGUACCCGGCGGGAUCUCUUCUCGGAG